AUGAGUGUCGAAUCAACAAUUUCUCAGAAACCAAUAGCUUUACCAGCAACUAUGCACAUUCAACCACUACAGCCAAUACCCAUUGCCAAUACUCGUGACAUAAAAUAUGCUUGGCCUCAAACAAAUAGAAGUCCCAGUAUAUCGUCUUCUGCUUCAGACGACGAGGAAGAAGAAGAUAAUGAUGAUGACUUAUCAUUAGAGAUUAUCGCAGACAGAUCAUCUACACCACCAACGCCCUGUUCGUCUGUCUGCCAUGACAAAUUCAUGUACACAUCUUCCUGUGAUAGCUAUUUACAAUAUAUUGAGCCAAACCCAGUCUCACCACCUUCCUAUGACACAUUACCACCAGGUGGUUGUCCAAGAUUUCCAGUAUCGGCACCAUCAAUUUUCCCCUAUUCCGCGGAAAUUUCGUGCGAGAAUAAUGAUUUACAACCACCUGCAUAUAAACCGGCUAUUUAUAAAAUAGGAGUCGUUGCAAGAAAAAUGGAAUGGAUCAAUCCUAACGAAUUAUCACCACAUAGAUCAUGGAAGUAUUACAUUAUAGAAUUAAAUUCUACUCAGUUGAAUUUUUACAAUGUGCCUGCUAAAUAUGAACAUCAGCUUGUCACGUUUAGCCCUGACUCGUUGACGAGUCAACAACCAUUUCAAAACUACGAUACAAACUUAAACUCGCUAUUUACUUGCUCCGCUGAUCAUCAAUUUUAUGAUAUGGUGAAAAAAAUGGGGUUAAUAGAAAGAAAUUUGGGUUGCAGUAAGAAGGGAAAGUGUCUUGUUCGUUCAUAUUCGUUGCAAAAUUCGAAAAUCGGGUUAGCUACUGAUUAUAAAAAACGUGCAAAUGUGUUACGAAUGAAAUUAGAAGAUGAGCAAAUGCUACUUAAUUUUGGUAAUGUGGAUGAGUUGAUCACAUGGAACUUGCUGUUGAAUGUUGGUAAAGAUGUGGCCCUCGAUCUUACAGACAGAGAAUUUCCCAAAUACAGAACGGUGCCCAGAAGAAGACGGAGAAAUAGAAAUACAGAGGGCAAUGGAAGCAGUUCGCUCCUCAGUGCCAUUCAUCCAAAUGGCUCUCUUGCAAGACUUAGAUCUGUUUCUGAUCCUAACAAGUUUAGAGGAAGAUUUUCUAGAUUAAAGUCAAAAUUAUCAUCUGCCAAAUUAUCGACUUAUAACAACAGGCAAGUCGUGGAACCAGCUGCAAUGUAUCUGAACAACAGUCUUCCACGUUCGAUUUAUUACAUUCAAUUACCCACGCCAGUAAGUACACCAUCAAGUGAAUCUAUAGUUGCAACAACUAGAUCAAAUUCAGUUUCAGAUUUUCGAAAUGUAUCGACUGCAGAAAGUUCUGAAACUGAACCACACGAUGAUGAUGACGAAGAGGAAGAGGAAGAUGACGGGGAGUUUGAUCAGGCAUCAGUAAACUCAGCUACGAAUGUGCAUGUUGAAGAAAGUCCUUCAUACUGCUACAAAUGGAAUCCAGAAAAAAAGUUUGAUAAGCAUAAAUAUCAUCGCGAUUGUUUGAGAUGCAUCAAACCACUUUUGUAUAAUUAA